UUCCAAUUUGCCGGACACUGCCGACCAGAGAAACACAAAAACAGAGAGAAAAAAAAGAAGGUAAAAAAAGGAAAAAAAAAAAAAAAAAUCCGAAGCUGCGCUUUCAAGCUUGAUUAAUUGCUCGUCAAUGGCGGAACUCGAGGACCCAACUGUCAUGCCGAAGCUGAUCGAUUUCCUCUCUUGUCUCCUCCAACGAGUGGCCGAAUCCAACGAUCGGAACCUCUCAGUUCAAUUUCAAUCCCACAAAAUCUCCGCCUUCCAUGGCUUAACUCGCCCCACCAUUUCUAUCCAAAGCUACUUAGACAGAAUCUUCAAGUACGCCAAUUGCAGCCCCUGUUGCUUCGUAAUUGCUUACGUUUAUCUCGAUCGAUUUGUCCAGAGGCAGCCCUCUCUGCCCAUCAAUUCCUUCAAUGUUCAUCGAUUGCUCAUCACCAGCGUGCUUGUUGCUGCCAAAUUUAUGGAUGAUACGUACUACAACAAUGCAUAUUAUGCAAAAGUGGGAGGAAUCAGCACAGCAGAAAUCAACUUUCUAGAAGUGGAUUUUCUGUUUGGUUUAGGCUUCCAUUUGAAUGUCACACCCACCACCUUCCAUUCUUAUUACUCAUACCUCCAAACACAAAUGCUUCAGCUGCAGCUGCAGCCUCCUCUCAUGAGUAGUUCUUCUGCAAAAUCAGAGCUGCUGAAAUCCCACUUCUGUUUUGAUGAAGAUGAAUCUUCCAAUAACAAGCAACAACUUGCAGCUGUUUGAACAACUUUCAACCCAAAUGGAGCAAAACCCAGGUUUCAAAAAUUGGAAUCUCUCCAGUUUUAAGAAUGAAUUAUGGUAGUAAUUAAUAUUCAGCCACUGAAUGGAUGAGUCUGUAAUGUAUUAUGUAUCUAUCUCACACACUUAUACACACACAGCACAGCUUUUUGCAAUUUUGGCUGUGGUAGUGGAUUUGGGUCUGACCCUUUAGAUCUUCGCUCUGUUUCUGAUCUGUUUGUUUGUGAGUUUUUUGGGUUUGAACUUGUGUACAGAUGGGAUUUUGCAGCCUUUUUGGUGUAGAAGUUGUGGUUAUUGAUUACUUGAAAUCAUUGGUAGUUUUUUGUGCGUUAGGUAAA